GUAACAUUCUCGAAAUCCAUCAGGAAGUUGACUAAAAGUCAAUAACGUUGAGGUUUUGUUGGGUGAAGCCGGGAAAUUAGAUGAUUGUAUAUAUAUAGUAACCUUGGAAUGUGUAUUUUCUUUCAUACAGUUAUAUAUUACAACAUGCAUUAUUGCUAGACGCGUACACAGAAUAUGUCCGCUGAAUAUUCUAGUGUAUAUUUGUUCAGUGCAGUGUGCAUACUACCUGACAAGCGGUUGUGUUUCAUAGUUAGAUAAUACUUCAAUACAACAUUCUUCCUUGUCUGGCAAAGCGCCGAGUGAACAGUGUGUGACCUAAAUGUGUACAUGCUGUUUCAUAUUUUCUGAAACAUAAAGGUCAACCAUCACCCAGUGUACACUGUAUCACUGACUAGGAUAAACAGGGAGUUGUUCAGCAAGUAUUUGUGGACUGAGAAAUAGCUGCAAUAGGAAGGGAUGUUCAAGGAGUACGCCAUUCUUCUAUAACAUCCAACAAUCUAGGAUUAUAAGUAAAACCAAGAUAUAAAUUGAAAUUUCGUUGGAGCCGAGUCAAUGGGUUCUCAGCUACUCCUUACCUUGUUCUUGGUGUGUGUUAUAACAGGACAAACCAGAGGUUCUCUACAUCUGACCCCAUUUCCUACCAGGACAACAGAAGGGAACACCUACACCCUGAUGUGUAGCAGCAGUGCAGGUAGUCGGGCCAUACAAUGGUCGAGAAACAGUGCUCUAACCGUACGUACACGUUAUGUGUCUGCUACUCAGUGUGCAGAAGAUGUAAUCAGUACCGCCGUUUUCGACACAUUCCUGUCAGGACGUAUCAAUACCAGUUGCAAAUUUAACCAACACAAUGUAACACUCAGGAUUAGCGCUCAAAAUGACAAUGGAUCUGUGUGGUGGUGUCAGGAUCCUGUGAAGGGCGACAGGAGCAACAACUUAACUAUAGAUGUAGUAAACGCAGAAGAAAGUACUGCAGCGUCGCCCGUCACAUUAAUGACAUCUCCGACAGCGUCAAGUGAAAGUAGAACUUCUGUCAGUGAAGGUUCGAACUCCCUACAACUAACAAGCUCUCAAGCAACAGCAUCGUCAGGCCAUCCGUACACCUUGAUGUGUAGCAGUAGUGGCAGUGCUGGCAGGGACAUACAGUGGCACUGGAGGAGUGAUUUAAUCUUUCGUACACGUUAUGUAUCAGACACAGACUGUCAAGUAGAUGUAUCCAAUAAUGACCUGUACAGACGUCUGUCAGGACGUGUCACUGUAACCUGUAGUCUCAACCAGUACAAUGUGACUCUCAGGAUCCUCACUUCCAUGGAUAAUGGAUCUGUGUGGUGGUGUGUGGAUGGUCAGAGAAGUCAGGAGAGCAACAGAUGGACAAUACACGUAGUAAACCUUACGACAGUGUCAUCAACAACUACGAUCUCAGCAACUUCAGCUACUACAGCUACUACAACAAACUUUGAUAUCUCCACAAGCACGUCUCUUCAAGGAGUGGUAUGUCCACUUUGCAAAGAUGCACCAAACGUCGUCUAUAUUGCGGUAGGAGCAGCGGUGGGUGGCAUUGUUGUUGGCUGCGCCAUCACCAUCAUCGUCGUCAUCAUGUGGAUGAUAAGGAGGAAAACCAGUACAGAAGACGAUGCGAGCGCACCGAAUAUCUACACUACUCCGUCCCACUACGAGGACAUGGACCACCAGUAUGGUAAAGUGGAGAUGCAGUACGUCAACACUGUGGAAGGUAUUGGGAGUGGUUCCCCAGAUUGCGUGAACACAGAGGACCAAGCAGGUAACGCAGCCUACUACAACACAACUGGCCAACAUCAGCAUAUUGAUGAAGAUGCAGAUACAGGAAAUACAACUUACUACAACACUGCACGUGAUGAUGACAACUAGAUUCACCUGUCGAGAACAAAAGAACGAAGCAUUUGGUAACACCACCGACAGCUGGCAUUCCAGCUCUUCUUUAUGUCCGCGUAGAGGACAUCCUUUUCUAUAACAAAGCGUGUUUGUAAAAAAAGCUUUCCUGUGAAAAGUAACUCGAUGAAACAGAUAUUUAGAAUGUAAUUGAUUGUCAUAACAACAGAAUAGCAUACAUCUGUUUGAUACUGUAUCAUUGGUUAAACACUUGAAGCAACAGUCCAUCUACCUUUUACCAUUAGCGCUUUCUUGAAGCAGUGCGUGUGUUUUGGGCUUAUGGUUCUUCAAUUGGUUGUGUUCUUCUUUUUUUGUAUUUUAGCUAUUUUAUAUCUAAUAUAGUAAAGCAUAUUUGUAAGCCGGCUCAGGAAAAAAGUAUAUAGAAUGUUUCUGAGACGUUUUUCAGGUAUUUCAAAGUGAUGUGAAGAUAAGAGACUGUAUUUCAGUAUAGGUAACUACAGUAUACAAUAUCUUCCAAACAAGGACAAAAUGUAUUGCAUUUUACAAUUUGAUUGAAUGAGGUUAUGAUGCAAAUGUUAUCGUAUGUCCCUUUGGCUGAUAUGGUGAGCUCGGGUUGGCUAUGAUGUGUAAUAAAUAAAUAAAUAAAUAGUGUUCUCCA